AUGCAGUUUCUUUUGGAGACGGCGCUGACGCUGCUGACCGUGAUAGACUGCGCAGUGGCCGUAUGUAGCACAUUUCCGACUCAAGUUAAUGUUUCCAUGUGCAGCUGGCAAGGCCUGCGUGCCAAUAUCCUGCGCGAUAAAAUCUACCUCGAUGGCGGGGAGCUAUGGUAUCAGAAAGGAUAUGACGACGGUUGCGUCGAUCCCCAGGCGGACAAUAACUUGGAAGCCACCAUCUACUACCUGAACCUCACCACUUCUUUCAACACCAAGUCAGAUUUUAUGAAUAUCCUCACCAACACGUCCGUCGCCGGCGGUGCUGCUAGCAUAGCUCCAAAUUACGUUGACGGCACGAUGUUUGCCAAUGACAACGAGCUAUAUCUCUAUGGAGGCAUGCUUCGCAAUACCGAGAGCUCUGAUCCUCCGCCUGCUAAUCAAGUCUUGUCGUAUGCCGCGCACCAGUAUGGCGCCUAUAGAAGCUCGUGGGAGCCAAACUGGAAACAGGAAUAUCUCCCCACCAAUGUCACACGAUAUAUCACGAAUGGCGCUGCCGCGUCGGCUCCAAGCGAGAACCUAGGCUUUUACUUCAGUGGAAUGCGUGCGCCGGACUGGGGCGACUUCACUUUAAACCAGCUUCAAUCCAACCAAACGGCCGACACGCUAAUCACCCUGGACAUGUCAGUUAUAAGCGCCGGGAAGUGGACAAAUAGCACACUUCCUAGCUAUGUUCCUGCUCGUUCAAACGCGGAACUGGUCUGGAUACCUGUAUCCGAGUCUGGGGUUUUGGUGGCCAUUGGCGGAGUGAUUGAACCCAUCCAGUUUUUCCGAAAUGGCAAAGCAAACUCAUCACGAACCGCCGAGAGCAAAAGGAUUAGCCCGACUUUCAUGGAGACUGUCUCCGUCUUCGAUGUCGAGAGUAAAACUUGGUAUCUCCAGAACACGACGGGUGAUAUACCGCCACAGCUGACGGAGUUCUGCUCCGUGCUUGCGAGUGCGGCCGAUGGGUCAUCUCAUAAUAUCUACAUCUAUGGAGGGUACGAUGGUCUCAAAUAUAACGCCAAUCCAUCAGACGAUGUGUACAUAUUGUCUCUUCCUUCCUUCAGGUGGGUCAAGGCACACAACGGUACGAACACACACAGUCGUAGCGGUCACCAAUGCAUCAAAGUAUAUCCCGAUCAAAUGCUGGCAGUCGGCGGACAGCAUGUCGACUCAACUCAUUGCCUGGAGAAUGGUGUCAUUGUCAACUUCAAUCUCAACACCCUGAGGUUUGAGGAUGGAUAUAAUCCCACAAAUUGGAGUAAAUAUAAAGUGCCAGAUCUCGUGACAAAAUGGAUAGGCGGCAACUCCGAUGGAGGUGCAACCACCAUCGCCCCAUCAUCAUGGACCAACAGCUCUCUAGGGGGAAUAUUCGGCAAGAAGUAUGGCAGGACCGUCGAGACGUAUUGGCCAUACAAUAGCACCAGCAGCGGUGACAGCACCAGUGCCUCCGCGGAUCACAGCGGGGGCAGCGGAUUCCCCAGCUGGGCUGGCGGAGUAAUUGGCGCGGUCUUGGGUCUGCUCAUUAUUGCGUUCCUUGCCGGUCUCUUCUUCUAUCGCCGCCGUCACCGUCAACGGGAGUCCGCGGAAGCUGAAGCCGAACCCAAGAACCGUCCUCCAGAAUGGAUGUAUGCGAGCGGCCCAGCCUCCCCUGGGCCUGGGCCAGUAUCUUCAUCGACGGGUAUGGAAACGGCGGAGACGGUGCGGACAACGCAGACCACGGCAACGCAGCCGUCGACAGCACCAGCUUCAACUGUGCCAGAUUCCCUCGUCUCGCCUGCGACCCCUGGCACGGUGGAAUCGGGAGGAGAUGCGGUAUACGAGAUGCAUGAUUCAUCACCCGUUGAACUUCCCACGUCAUUCAAUACCGCCUACUUCGCCCACGACGCGCCCCUCAAACCCGAACCUGAACGUGGGCCCAACCCCCAUCCGAGACGAGGCUCCCAGUCUCCUGUCUCACCACAGACUCCCAGUGAGACGGGUUCGGAGUACUCCUAUCCAACAGGCCAUAACCGGCGCCCGUCUUCGCUGUCGUUGGCGUCGCCAUUGUCGAUUGAUAACGUGAUGAGCGGUCGGUCGUCUCAUUUUUAUGAAUCGUUUGAUAGUUUCGAUACCCAGCGAGCAGGUCAUCGAUCUGAGGUUUCCCAAAUGACUGAUCAUUUAGAAGAGAGGGGGCGGAAAGGAGGUAGUGAGACGAUUCGGGAGGAUGAAUAG